CGCGCACACGGAUCGGGCACACCCCUGAGCCCCCACCACAGCGGCGGGAUGGUCCCAACAGUCCAGUCACAGGUGCUGCCCGUCCGCCCCGCCCUCUAGACGCACGUCCGCUCGCUCCGCUCCCAAGCCAGUCCUCGCGCGCGCGCCGGCCGCACCCCCAAAGCCUCGCCCCUCCAGGCGCGCGCCCGCCUACCGCGCGCCACGUGCUUGCUGGAGGGCGGCGCGAGGGGCCGAGCCGACAAGAUGUUCUUGCUGCCUCUUCCGGCUGCCGGGCGAGUAGUCGUCCGACGUCUGGCCGUGAGACAUUUCGGGAGCUGGGGUCUCUCCGCCGCAGACAUGACGAAGGGUCUUGUUUUAGGAAUCUAUUCCAAAGAAAAAGAAGACGAUGUGCCACAGUUCACAAGUGCAGGAGAGAAUUUUGAUAAAUUGAUAGCUGGAAAGCUGAGAGAGACUUUGAAAAUAUCUGGCCCACCUCUGAAGGCAGGCAAGACUCGAACCUUUUAUGGUCUGCAUCAGGACUUCCCAAGCGUGGUGCUAGUUGGCCUCGGCAAAAAGGCAGCUGGGAUCGACGAACAGGAAAACUGGCAUGAAGGCAAAGAAAACAUCAGAGCUGCCAUUGCAGCGGGGUGCAGGCAGAUUCAAGACCUGGAGCUCUCUUCCGUGGAGGUGGAUCCCUGUGGAGAUGCUCAGGCUGCUGCAGAGGGAGCCGUGCUUGGUCUCUAUGAAUAUGAUGACCUAAAGCAAAAAAAGAAGAUGGCCGUGUCGGCGAAGCUCUAUGGAAGUGGGGAUCACGAGGCCUGGCAGAAAGGAGUCCUGUUUGCUUCUGGGCAGAACUUGGCACGCCAGUUGAUGGAGACACCAGCCAACGAGAUGACGCCAACCAGAUUUGCUGAAAUUAUUGAGAAGAAUCUCAAGAGUGCUAGUAGUAAAACCGAGGUCCAUAUUAGACCGAAGUCUUGGAUUGAGGAACAGGCAAUGGGAUCGUUCCUCAGUGUGGCCAAAGGAUCUGACGAGCCCCCAGUCUUCUUGGAAAUUCACUACAAAGGCAGCCCCAAUGCAAAUGAACCACCCCUGGUGUUUGUUGGGAAAGGAAUUACCUUUGACAGUGGUGGUAUCUCCAUCAAGGCUUCUGCAAAUAUGGACCUCAUGAGGGCUGACAUGGGAGGAGCUGCAACUAUAUGCUCAGCCAUUGUGUCUGCUGCAAAGCUCAAUUUGCCCAUUAAUAUUAUAGGUCUGGCCCCUCUUUGUGAAAAUAUGCCCAGCGGCAAGGCCAACAAGCCAGGGGAUGUUGUUAGAGCCAGGAACGGGAAGACCAUACAGGUUGAUAACACUGAUGCCGAGGGGAGGCUCAUACUGGCUGACGCGCUCUGCUACGCGCACACAUUCAACCCAAAGGUCAUCCUCAAUGCCGCCACCUUAACAGGUGCCAUGGAUGUAGCUUUGGGGUCAGGUGCCACUGGGGUCUUUACCAAUUCAUCCUGGCUCUGGAACAAACUCUUCGAGGCCAGCAUUGAAACAGGGGACCGUGUCUGGAGGAUGCCUCUCUUCGAACAUUAUACAAGACAGGUUGUAGAUUGCCAGCUUGCUGAUGUUAACAACAUUGGAAAAUAUAGGUCUGCGGGAGCAUGUACAGCUGCGGCAUUCCUGAAAGAAUUCGUGACUCAUCCCAAGUGGGCACAUUUAGACAUAGCAGGCGUGAUGACUAACAAAGAUGAGGUUCCCUAUCUACGGAAAGGCAUGACCGGGAGGCCCACAAGGACUCUCAUAGAGUUCUUACUUCGUUUCAGUCAAGACAAUGCUUAGUUCAGAUACUCAAAAGCGUCUUCACUUUCUGUCUUAAAUUGGACAGUUGAACUUAAAAUGAAAAUCUUUCAGAGAAGAUAAAGGAUGGUAUUUUAAAACGUAGGACACAAUGAAAUUUGUAUGCCUUGAUUUUUUUCUUCAUUUUACACAAAGGUUUAUAAAGUUAAUCUUACUUGGCAAGGAUUUUUAAGAUAUUCUAUAAAUGACUAAAAUCUUUAGAACUUCCGAAUCACUUUUCAGAGUGUAUCUUUUUAAUUGAGAAGCAAAAUUGUACUUCAGAUUUGCGAUGCUAGGAACACCAGCAAACUGAAAGUUACUAUGCACUUGUCAGAAACAAUAAAUCCAACUUUUUGUGCUCUCUGA